CCAUGAUGGAGUCUGUUAGCAGUACUCCAUUUGACCUCCAUUCAUUACAGAAUUAUGUGGCCUAUGGUGCCAUUAAGGGCACCAGUGUCUCUAUAUCAUUAAUUUACCAUGGGACACAAUUCCUCAUUAAGUUUGAAAAACAAAAAGACGAGGCACCACCAAACUCUGAGUUUGAAUGUUUCCAGAAACAGUGUCUCGAAUUCAUGAUCGUUGUAGUUCACAGCCUGACAAUCAGCUUUCAUGGUGGGAGCUAUGUCAGAUGGUUGUAUCAGUCUGUUUACCGUCGAUAAUUCAGCUUUCCAACAGCAGAAAAUCACCAAAAUCCUUGGAGGAAUAUCUCAGCGUUGAAACAUUUGAACUGAAAAUCCAGCGUGAUGAAAGCGAAUCGACAAUCAAGGUGCUCAAGGAGGGCCCAUCGGUUCUGCCGGCUUACGACAUACAUCCCCUUGAUAGAUGUUCCAUCCACGAUGAAUCCCGUCCUAAAAUAAGUGCAGGAGAGAUCCUUGCAGUGAGUUUUCAGCGAAAACACAACCGUAUACCGCAAAAAGUCUUCACACUCGACGGCUCUCCACAAUUCUUUAAACCAUGUAUGUUUGGCAUGGAAGAACAUUUCAUUGACGAGGUUCAAAGCCUCAUCAAGCUCCGCACUGAGGGCAUAGAGAUCAGCGUUCCUACCAUCGAGGGCCUGGCAAUAACCUCUGAAGGCAAAGUUUUCGGGAUGCUAGCACAAUGGAUUGAAGGUUGCGCCAUCUCCGCUAUUUCCCAAGAGUGUCGCCGGCGCCAAUCCCAACAGUGGAGAAACGAGCUUUUCUGCACCAUGAACCUGUUGCACCAGGCUGGAAUCUUGUGGGGAGACAUCAACCAGGGCAAUAUCAUAAUUGAAGAAGCCACAAAUAAAGCAUGGAUAGUUGAUAUUGGAGGCGGUGACAAUCGUGUUAUGCUUGGUGAAGAUAGAUUCGAGGGCUUUGCAGGAGAUCUGGAAGCGCUUACUCGCUUCUGCGAAUCCUGGCUUCCAGAAUGAGAACUCAAGUCUCUUCAGCUCCAUUCAAUGGGCACGACGUAUCAUGUAUAUUUCUGCCACUUACAGACAUGUAGGCGUCCCUUAAGCGACCGAACCAGGGAUAUGCACAUGGUUGGUAAUUGCCCAAAACCAGCCGGGAGGAAAUAGCGGGGAUCACCGGGCAAAAAGCAAAAUAUGGACCUAGCGAAGCAGACACCGAAAUACAGGUUCCCAGCAGAAUAAGUAGGCGAGGCUUAACUGGCUGACUUGACCGAUUG